CGGGCGGGCGGGCGGGCGACUGCGCGGCUUUCGCUCCCGAGUUCCGUGCGUGUGGGCCGGAGUCGGCGGGAGUAGGCCCCUCCCUGCGGGCGCUAGGCCGUUGCCGGGAGACCCCGCGGACCGCGCUAGCUAGCCCGGGCUGGAGCCCGCCAGGCCUCCGCGAUGCCGCUGCUCUUCUUGGAGCGUUUCCCUUGGCCCAGCUUGCGCACUUACACAGCACUCAGCGCCCUGGCCUUGCUGGGCAGCAGCCUCAGCGCCUACCGCGCCCUCAGCCAGGCCGCCGAGCACACAGAAGAGCCCCCCGGGGUGCGGCUGCAGCAGGAGACCGGAGGAGGGGGAGAAGGAGAAGAAGGCGACCUGUCGCCGCGGACCGGGCCCGCCGCCCUGGACGUCGCCUAUUACUUGCUCUCCGACAGCCUCUGCGUUUGGGUACUGGUGAAUACGGCUUGCUGUAUUUUGAUGCUGAUUGCUAAACUAAUACAGGGUGUUGUGUUUGGUCCCCUCCGUGUUAGUGAAAGACAGCAUCUCAAGGACAAAUUUUGGAACUUCAUCUUCUACAAGUUCAUCUUUAUUUUUGGUGUACUAAAUGUUCAGACGGUGGAAGAAGUGGUCAUGUGGUGCCUUUGGUUCUCCGGGCUUGUGUUUCUGCAUCUUAUGGUUCAGCUCUGCAAGGAUAGGUUUGAAUAUCUCUCCUUUUCACCCACCACACCAAUGAACAGCCACAUCAGAGUCCUGACUCUGCUAGUAGCUAUGCUUCUUUCCUGCUGUGGACUAGCAGUUGUGUGUGGUAUUAUUGGCUAUACCCAUGGAAUGCACACGUUAUCUUUCAUGGCAGCAGAGUCUCUACUUGUUACUGUGAGAACUGUGCAUGUGAUUUUACGGUAUGUCAUUCAUCUCUGGGAUCUCAACCAUGAAGGUACCUGGGAAAGCAAGGGAACGUACGUUUAUUACACAGACUUCAUCAUGGAGCUAAUGCUUUUGUCACUGGAUCUGAUGCAUCACAUUCACAUGCUGCUGUUUGGCAAUAUCUGGUUGUCGAUGGCUAGCCUGGUGAUCUUCAUGCAGCUGCGUUACCUGUUCCAUGAGGUUCAGCGCAGACUUCGCCGCCACAAGAACUAUCUCCGUGUGGUUGGAAAUAUGGAAGCGAGGUUUGCGGUGGCAACACCUGAAGAGCUAGCAACCAACAAUGACGACUGUGCCAUUUGCUGGGAUUCCAUGCAAGCUGCACGUAAACUCCCCUGUGGGCAUCUUUUCCAUAACUCAUGCCUGCGCUCCUGGCUUGAACAAGACACUUCCUGCCCUACCUGUAGAAUGUCCCUGAAUAUCACUGACAAUCACCGUGCCAGGGAAGAUCACCAAAGGGAGAACCUGGACGAAAAUUUGGCUCCUGUGGCAGUAGCUGAAGGCAGACCUCACCUGAACCAACACAAUCACUUCUUCCACUUUGAUGGUUCUCGCAUCGCUAGCUGGCUGCCCAGCUUCUCAGUGGAGGUGAUGCAUACCACCAGUAUCCUUGGUAUUGCACAAGCAAGCAACUCUCAGCUCAAUGCCAUGGCACAUCAGAUUCAGGAGAUGUUUCCUCAGGUUCCUUACCACCUCAUUCUGCAGGAUCUGCAGAUGACGCGUUCUGUAGAAAUAACAACGGACAACAUUUUAGAGGGGCGUAUUCAAGUGCCUUUCCCAACACAGCGUUCAGAUAGCAUCAGACCUGCAUUGAACAGUCCCCUGGAAAGACACAACACUGAUCAGGAGGACACAGAAGAGGUUACUCAGACGGAGAGAGACUCACUGGAACUGAACUCAUGGUUGGAAGACGUGGCAGAGUUCAAUGAGGCAGAAGCAGAAUCCACUGAGACAGAAGACUUUGAAGUGAGAGGGAGCCGGUUUUCCAAGUCAGCUGACGAAAGACAGAGGAUGUUAGUACAGCGGAAGGAAGACCUUUUGCAACAAGCUCGCAGGCGUUACCUCAGCAAAACCUCUGAUGAUCCUAGCUCAGAUGACUACUUGCAGGCCGAAGGAGCGACUUCAGACCCUAUCACCUUGCGCCGGAGGAUGUUGGCCGCUGCAGCAGAGCGAAGACUUCAGAAGCAGGAUCCCUCUUAACGCUUCCUGUCUCCUCCUGUUCUUUUUCCACACAAGCAAUGUUUAUGCCAUCCUACACUCUCCCUGCCCACAAGGAGGGUCUCUUCAGAACUCAGUAAAUGUGCCGAGGAUGACUGAUCUGGCUGCAUCUUCACUGUAUAAAGCAUGUGAUAUCUAAUAAGUGUUUGGACAGCUGACAAAUUAACCUUUCUUGGGUACUUUUUUUGAGUGACACACAUUUUCCUUUCCCCCACCCCCUUUGUGAACAAAAAUGCAGUCUUUAAAGCCCUGGGCAUGGUGUGCUGCUUAAUGUGAGUUGCAGAGGGACAGUGGCUGAGAAGCACCAGGUCCAUUUGCUGCUUCUGUGCACUGAGCUUGCUGGUACGUCCCAUUUAAGCUCUUUAAAGUGGAAACUGAACAAGGAAUGACAAAAGCACUCUCCUAAGUAAGCAAGCAUCACUGCCGAGUCAUUGCAUGUCUCGAGAACGACAUGUUUAAAAUAAAAGAAACCCAUUUUGAAUGCUUUUGCAGAGUCUUUUGGACAAAACUGGCAUUUCUAAGUGUUGGAGCAUGGAAGUGGAGUGCACCAACAGGAGGAGACAUCUUAAAGAGUGGAAAAUGUUGAGCUAAGUUUUAGAGUGGUGGCCCCCAGACAGUGUGAACAUUCCUGGAUUAUUUUUCUACCAGGAGGCUGGUUUGGUUUUUAAUGCAUUUCAUUGUUAGUAACAGACAUGUGGUAAAAGGAGAAGCACC